AGACGAGUGCCAGCCAUCUCGCAUUUUGGAAAAGUUUGACAGAGCCCAGACGAAAAAAAAUCAAGUUUUUUGGAAAAAAGUGUUUUUGUGAUUGAUAAUAAUCUGAUAAAACGUUUAUAUGGUGCAUCAAAGUGUUGUGGGAUGAUUAUAAAAAAGGAAGUAAUGGAUGAUGGGGAUUCAAAUGAAGCUAUUGCAACGGAAGAGUUGGAAAUAAUGCCGUCCGACGAGGAUGAGAUUGACAACGCCGUAUCCGCCGUACCUAAUGAGAGUCAUGGCGAGUCUGUUGCAGGAGGUUCUUCUCGACGUUCCGAUCCACCGAUGAGGGGAGAUGGGCAGAUGCACAGUGUGGGGCACAUCAAUGGGGAACUCUUAACCAAAGAACCUGUUCAAAUGAGAGAUGCACCCAAAGUGCCGCUUUUGGAGUGUCAAUUCUGUGAGACUUGGUAUUUGUCGGCGGAAACUUUCCGGCAACAUGCAGCACUCCAUAGGACACGCAAUCUUGAUACAAUAUACAACUGCAAACAAUGCCUACGGGGAUUCUGUACCAAGGAACAACUUCAGGUUCAUGAGCGCAAUCAUUCAGACGCUAAACCAUUCAAAUGUGAAGUUUGUAAUGAAAAAUUCUCCUUUUUGCGGAGUUUGGAGUAUCAUGUUCAGAUUCAUGGGGGUGUUCGUGUCUACAAAUGCCAGAUUUGUGAUAAAAUCUUCCUAAAACUCUUUGAAUUGAAUAUUCAUCUCAAAUAUCAUGCGACAUUUGACAAUGUCUCACAGACACAAUCUGCCCAGCCAUAUCCUUCUUUCGUGUCGAAUGGAUUAGCAGCAGCUCCACCGUGGAAGAAAAGACCUGAUGGACAGAAGAAUGUCUCGCAAAAUAUAUCAGAUCCAGGCAAUCUGUUGAAACCUGUGGAAAUGUUGACAACAGAAGAACGAGUGAAGAGGGAAGAACAGGAUGAUCUAAUUGAAAUUAUUGACGAAGAUAAUCCCCAGGAUUGCAAUGAUGAGAACAAUUCAGAAGAAAGUAUGAGAGACCUACUGCCACGAAAUACUGGAACAAGUUCCAGUAUGGAUGAUUUUAAGUUCACAUGCAAGAGAUGUGGACUGGAAUUUAAAUACUUCCGACUACUACAACUUCACAAGAAGACCCGAAAGGGUGUUCGUUGUCCAGAAUGUUCUCAGAAAUUCUGUUCAAGCAAACUCCUAGAGGAUCACCUGGUUGAUCAUGCACAGGAGCGUGAGCGAAUUAUGCAAAAUCGGGGAGCAGCUACAAAUCGUGCGGUUAGUGUGCCACCACAAAGUCGGCAAAAGUUAAAAGAUUGCUUUGUAUGCAAUAGAGAAUUGAAAGUAUCAACUGAGGAAAAUAUUGUAAAAUUCCAAGGAGGAACUUACUACAAAUGCAAUGAUUGCAUCAAUAUUAGCCUCGAUACGACAGUUAAGAAAGAAUUGAUUGAAGAUACCAUGUCGAGGGUUUUUGAAGGACAUGGUGUUUUCUCGAGGGAUGACACUGAUGAUAAUGUGGUGCAGCAAGAAGAUGAUAUGGAAUCAAAGUCAGAAACAUCUAAUGAAGGUGGCUUUCAGUGUUCUCACUGUAAAAGCAAUUUUGGUGGAGAAUUUGCCCUAAGGGCACAUAGGAGGAAGACUGUUGAGAGAAAUUGUCCAAAGUGCGAUAUGCCAUUUUGCAAUAUUAAACUUCUGAGGAGGCACAUGAAGGACCAUGAAGAGGAGAACAUGAAGAAUGCAUCACCACCUCCUAUUACUCCACAGCCUCAAAGAGCAACUUUUGAGAAUGUUGUGAGACCACAAAGGUAUCCCAAUCGAUCAUUUGAAAGUGAUCCUUACAAUAGAUCACUGGAGAAUUUUGAUAAAUCAUUUGAAAAUACACAUAUUGGGACAAGUAGUGAGAUUGAGAUUAAAAAAAUUGGUGAGGAUAGAUAUUCAUGUACAAAAUGUGGAAAGAAUGUGACGGGAAAAGGGGCACUAGCAGCUCAUAUGGCCCAUACUCAUGCAGAAAAAAGAACAAUUUGUCAGCACUGUGGAAAAGCAUUUGCUUUUGAAAAAAUAUUAAAUAUGCAUUUGGCAUAUCGUCAGAGAAUUUCAUUUCCUGUUGGUUGUCGAUACUGUCCACAUAGGUAUCGCAAUCAGGCAGAAGUUGAAGCUCAUGAGGAGUAUCAUUUGCGAGGAGGAGGGUCUGGACAGAAAAAACUUCCACCACAGAUGAUGGAAGGAAAUUCAGCGAAAGCUUCAAUUGUUGUGGGUCAGAGUAAAGAGGAGAUGACACACGAAGUGGCGAGAUCCGAUGGAAAUAUUUUGAUAAUACGAAAGAAGAAAAUGUGUGGUACUGAGACAAUGUUGCCCAUUGUACUUGAUGAUAAAUACUUCCAGGGGAUGUUUACCGAAAAGAAUGGUCUAUAUCACUGCAAUCAGUGUCCAAAUAGCUAUAGAGCCCGUGGUGGUAUCAAGGCCCAUAUUUAUCAUUCACAUCGGGAUAAGCCAUAUACAUGUAUGUACUGUCGAAUGCCAUUCCCAUUUGAGAAGAUGCUUGAAUUUCAUUUGAGACGACGCAAAGAUCUCAAGUGUGAUGUAUGCAACAAUAGAUAUUGUUCAUAUGGGAAGCUGGAGGAGCACGUGAAGACCCACAUGCCAAAGCAAGAGAAAAUAUCAAUGUCCAGGACAAAUGAUGCCCUCAUCAAGAGAGUAAUGCAAAAUUCAGAAAUUGAAAUUGCCCUUGUGCGUGAUGAGAAGAAAACUGUGGUGAAGGAGGAAUCUCUGAAGAAGCCUGAAAUUAAGGAAAUUAAGGCAACAGCAGCACCUGUACCCAAGGAAAUUAAAGUGGCACCUGUAGCUAAGGAAGUUAAGGCAGCAGCACCUGUAGCACCACCAGUUGUUGAGCAAAAAUGUCCACUUUGUGGUAAAGUGAUGGGAAAACGAGAUGUACUGAAUGAUCAUAUAACGACCCAUCUAAAGAGAGUUGGUGAAUAUUUCCGUUGCAAAGAUUGUGACUGUAAAUAUCUCUAUCCAAUCUAUCUGGUCAGGCACUAUAAGAAUCGCAAAGUGUCUCAGUGUGAAUUGUGUCAGAAGGUAUUCUGUUCAGAUCUCAAUUUGGCUAAUCAUGAGUGUCCGGGACAAUCGUUGAAGAGACAGAGGACACAGAGUGUAUCGUCAGAAGAUGAAAUUCUCCCGAAGAGAGUCAGUCGAGUCAAUGGAAUUCUUGGACGAAUGACCAAUACCAGUGCUGGUGUACGUGGGAACACUAUUACACAUGACUGGGAGGGAAUGCUUGAUGAAAAUAAGCCGUGCAAAUGUAAUUUUUGCGGGAGAGUCUAUGGAAAACCUGGUGGAUUGGGUCAACAUCUCUCAACACUGCACGCUGUGGAUACAUUCCCGUGCAAGAACUGCAACACCAUAUUUUCAUCUCUCACAUAUUUGAUUAAGCACAAAAAUACAUCUUGUGAAAAUUCUGCCAUUAAUCGACAAAUAAUCAACGAAAGGGCAAAUGAGAAGGGAAAAGAAGAAGAUCCUUCAGUAUCUGUCGAUGAUGCAAAGGAUAUUGAGGAUGAACUUGCUGAAGAUCCCCCAGAGGCCGACAUUGUUCCCGUAGUUAAGAAAACAGCUCAAUGUCCGGUGUGUAUGGAGAGAUUUGAACAUAGGUGCGGUCUCUCGGCUCACAUUAGAUUGAAGCAUAAGGAUGCCAGGCCAUAUGAAUGUGAGGAGUGCGGAAGAUGUUUCCAAUAUGAGAAGGCACUGGAGAUACAUCGAAAAGUUCACGAUGAGGAUCCACCACCAGUGCGAAAGCGACGUCGACGUGGCAGGAGGAUUGCUCUGCAGGACACUGAUUUAUCAACUGUGGGAUUAAAGAUGGAAUCUCAGGCAGAAACUGAGGAGUUGGACAAUGAACAGGCAGAUAAUGAAGAACUUGACAAUGUUCCAACAGAAACUGAAGAACUGGAUAAUGUGCAGACAGAAACUGAAGAAUUGGACAAUGCGCAGACAGAAACUGAUGAAUUGGACAAUGUCCAGACAGAAACCGAGGAAUUGAACAGUGCUCAGGCUGAGGCAAUUGAUAUGGAGAUUGAUGAAGAGCUGACGCCAGGAUUUGACGCCACUGCUCAGUCUAUUGAUCAGGAGAUAAAGCAAGAUUAAAGGUGUUUUAAAUAAUACCAUAAAAUUAUAAUGAAAUAUAAUCUUCUCUUUUAUAAAUACCAUAAAGGUACCCUAAAAUUGGUUUAAACAAUAUUGUAAAUAAGACAGUGUUUCACUUUCAAAUCAGUUUCUGUAUUGCAAUUAGUUGUUAGAUUGAUGUAUACAAGAAAAUGGUUAGAUUUUCUUAACA